UAGAGAACAGCGGAUUCAUUCAGAGGAAAGUAAAAGAAGACGAAUUUACCACAACAAAGGAUUUAUGUUCGACUUCAUCUGGCACGGAAAAUUCUACACUAUUGAUGCUGCAAGGGAUGAUGGCACUCUUGGCAGACUGGUUAACGAUGACCACAUUAACCCCAACUGCAAAAUGAGGAGAAUCAUUGUGGAAGGAAGACCCCAUUUGUGCCUUUUUGCUUUACGAGACACACCACCCGGAGAGGAGAUCUCAUAUAAUUAUGGAGAUGCUGAUUGUCCCUGGAGGAGUAAAGUGACAAAAAGUGGCGUGGAAGUCGACACUAAGUGUCUGGAGCCAGAACGUGCAUCUGAGGAUAAUCCCCAUAGCACCCAGCACAUACAGGAUGAGCCAACUUUCUCCACAAAGGUGACAAAAAGUGGCGUGGAAGUCGACACUAAGUGUCUGGAGCCAGAACGUGCAUCUGAGGAUAAUCCCCAUUGCACCCAGCACAUACAGGAUGAGCCAACUUUCUCCACAAAGGUGACAAAAAGUGGCGUGGAAGUCGACACUAAGUGUCUGGAGCCAGAACGUGCGUCUGAGGAUAAUCCCCAUUGCACCCAGCACAUACAGGAUGAGCCAACUUUCUCCACAAAGGUGACAAAAAGUGGCGUGGAAGUCGACACUAAGUGUCUGGAGCCAGAACGUGCGUCUGAGGAUAAUCCCCAUUGCACCCAGCACAUACAGGAUGAGCCAACUUUCUCCACAAAGGUGACAAAAAGUGGCGUGGAAGUCGACACUAAGUGUCUGGAGCCAGAACGUGCGUCUGAGGAUAAUCCCCAUUGCACCCAGCACAUACAGGAUGAGCCAACUUUCUCCAAAAAGGUGACAAAAAGUGGCGUGGAAGUCGACACUAAGUGUCUGGAGCCAGAACGUGCGUCUGAGGAUAAUCCCCAUUGCACCCAGCACAUACAGGAUGAGCCAACUUUCUCCAAAAAGGUGCCAGAUGAAAUCUUUGCUGGUGACCAGUAUGAUAUGCAUGAAUCACAAGUGGAAAUGAGCACUUUUCAGCUUGAUAAGGUACGCAGCCUUGAUGUCUGCGCCAUCAGUAGUGUGGAAUGCAGUGAAGACGAAGUUCCUGAGUCUUCAUGUAGUAUGAGGGGAUCCAAAGGCAAUCAGAUCUCCUUAGAGCUAGUAUGA